AUGAGCUGGCACAGGGCGUCCUCUGUCCAUCCACCUUCACCUGUCCCACAGCGGGACGUCCUGCCCGCACAACGCCCCCCGCUGGAGCCAGAGGGAGGAGCAGAUCGCUGCCAAAUGCUAAUUGCUAUUUCACCUGCCUGCCCCCGCCCCGCUGCGCCCUUCCGUCAGCCCCCGUCACCAUCAGAGCUCAUUAUCAGAUGGUCGGUCCCUGUGCUGCGGAGUGGGACUAUUUUGAGAGAUGGCCUAAUUGAAAAGAGCGGCGGGAUACAGGAAAAAUGGAUCCGCCGCCAUGUCCUUCGUUAA